AUGGACCAAGAAGCUUGUCUAGGCGUCGAUGAAGAGGAAGAAAUCGGGGAUCUGAAUGGCCCUCCGAUGACCGCCGCCAGUUAUUUGAGACAGGUGAAGUUUUGAAAAAGCUGAAACGCUUUUUUUUUUAGCUGACAGGCCACAAAAUAUUAUUGAAAUUCACAUUUUUCUAGUGGAAAUAGAAUAUUUUUGGUUCCUCUCGCUUAAAGUGUUUCAUUUAAUGGAUAUAGAGGUUAUGAGGGAUAUUAGGCGGUAAAAAACUUUAAUAGAGUAUAAAAUUGAAACACGCAAUCACGGGCAAAAUCCAAAAGAUCUCAAAACAGGACUUUUGGAAAAAAAAAAUUAAAAAAUUGAAAGGCCUCAAAGGCGCCUUUUUCUGAAAAAGGACCCUCUAAGGAGGUGUUAGAAAAUAAGGUGGUAAAAAAGAUUUUUCGAGAAAUUUUUGACACCUUUUUAGGAACUCUAAAAGGAGCUUCAGACUCUUCUUUUUGAGGUCGUUUGGACUUUGUCCAGUAUAUUAUUUGCAUUAAAACGAAUUUUGAUUGAAAAACUUUUGAGUAUUUUUUGAAACUGAAAAGAAAAUUUGACCGAAAGUGUGCGAAUCCCAAUCAAGUAAAGCUUUGUUAUCGUAUAAAAAUUCCUGAACUUUUUUAGAAAUCCAUUAGUUUUCAAUGAUCGGAACAAUCUCGCAGGAAAUCAGUAAAUAAUAUAUAUCGAUUAUUAUAAACGCCAGAGUAGUCACUGAAGGGGUUAGCAGGAAAAAAGCCCUUAUAGAGACCGAAAAAGUGAUCCCUAGAGGGGUAAAAUUGAGGUGGUCCCAAUAGGCGUUCAGGGCCUCACCUCUAGGCCCUUGAAGCUUAAGUUGUCCCUAUAGAGGUUUUUUAUUUUUUGUCCAGGUUUGAAAUUUAAAAAUCCGUAAGUGAUAAAAAUUGAUCGAUAAAUCUUCUGUUGUUUUUCGUAUGGAGAUGCUUCUUAUCAUAGAGGUCAUGACGAUAAAAAACGAGCAUGUCCCUAUAGGAACCACUUUUGCAAGCUUCAGUGGCCCCUAUAGGGGAAGGAAGAGUGGUCCCAAAAGAAGUACCUACAAGAGCCCCUAAGGUUGCCCCUCUAGUGACCUCCCUGGCGUUCCUAAGUUUACCUAUGAUGAAUUUAUUUCUUGAAUAAUUUUUUCUCUCAGGUAAGAGCCGGCCGAGACUCCUGUCCGGAUGUCGUUACGGCGAGCGCUCCGUCGACAUCGAAACCCGUCAAAAAAUGGGCCGGAACCGAUGGGCUCAACCUGAGAGAACCCAUGUUUGACGUCAAGGUUUUUGUAGAAAUUUUCCCGAAAUUAAGAAAAUUCUCCAGGACCCAUCACGACCUUCUCUCGAAUGGCAGUUGGCGAAAAGCGCCGAAUUUGCCGAAAAUCGAGAAAAAGUCGAAAAACAGUCGGCUCUGAACAAAACGAGGCUGAAGAUCAAAUGGCCGCCGAUUGUAAGAUUCCAUAAAUUGAAAAAAAAUAGAGUAUAAUUUGAAAUUGUGUUACUCAUAGUUUGGAAAGUCCGUCAAAUGUCACACCAGCUCAGACCUAUAGUUGCCCCUCCGGCUUCCACUGCGCCGUCUUUGCUGACCAUAAUGGACUAUUUUUUCUAUUUAAUUAAAUGAACACGGGUAUUUGAAUAGUGCACAAAGUCCUUUCAUAAUAAUGAUUAAUCCUACAGAUAAUCAGACUAAAAAUGCCGGAAAGUAAAAGGGAAAGGGAUGGGCUGGAGACGAGGGAGCAAGACGGCCGCUCCGGCUUGAAUGGCGAUGGUGCUGCGUGGCUCGUCGGCUCCGCCUGUUCUGUAAAGACAAAGUUAUUCUUGUCUUUGGAAUGGGAAGGCGUCUGGCGAGGGACUGUGCUAGGUCGCAAAGACGCAGGCUUUAUCAAUCCGCCCGCGCGGUUGCCUCGCGCCAGACGCCUAUGUUUUGGCUGCGCUAAUGGCCCUUAAUAGCGUCUGGAGGAUGACGGUCCGUUGCGUCAUCGGCUUCUGGUCUCAGCAAAAGAGCCAGAUCUUCUGAUCUCUUACUAUAGAUAAAAAAUUGAAGAAAACGCAAUUUUACUUACUAAAGACGGAUUUCUCAAAUUUGAACAUUUUCUUGACUUGCUGACUUGUACUACAUGUAUUCAAAAAAUUGAUUGGGGAGAGAUUUUCAGCUUUUUUUUGUCAUUUAUUUCCAAAUAUUAGUUUUGCGGUUCUUUUUUUUUUGAUAGCUUAUAUCGAAAUCGGAAUUGGGAUCUUUGAGAUUUUCAAGGCUCAAAAAUCUGAGCUGAAUCGUCGUAAAUCCGAAAAUAAGAGGAGAAACUUAACAGCCCACUGUUUUUUAGACCGACGAAGAAUUGUGGCGUUCGACUCUUCUGGAGCACUGUGCUCCCGAAGUCGAGCACCUGAAGCCGUGCUUUCCGAACCACCUGGGAACGCCGCCGACCCUAGCAACCGUCAAGAGUAUCAAGCCGAAAAAUGUUUGAUUUUUUCUCUUUUUGCUGGAACAACCUUGAGUGACCACUUAUAAGGUUUCUAAAGGACUACUUGGAGAAUACACUAAAGUGGCCACUAUAACCAUCUUUAUAGAAGGCACUGUUUUGUGUAAUGAACACUCUAGUAGUUUCUAGUGUUCUAGUAGUAACACUUAGACUUUUAAAGUGGCCACUAAUUUCCAACCACUCGAGUGGUCACUUUUUCAACCACUAUAGUGACCAUUAGAACGUCAAACCUUAAAGCGGUCACUAAGUAUUUUUCCAUUUCAUGUGGAUCCUUUUCAUCUAGCCUUCUGGAAUUUUCGAAAAAUUGAAAUUUCAAAAAUUUCGGCAAAUCCCAUAUUUUCAAAUUUAAUUUCUAAUGGAACAUCAUGUUUUCAAAAAGCUCAAAAAUUUGAAGUAAAUUGCCUACUUAGAAACUCCAGAGUGGUUCUUUAGGGACCAUGGAAGGUCCCCUCUAGGCCUCACUUUACCAACUCCUAAGGAGCCACUAAAGCUCGCAAAAGUAUAUAGGGAACCUUUAGUCGAUUAUCGCUAUGAACUUUGAAAAGAAGCAUUUCCUUGCGAAAUAAUGAAUGAGCGUUUCUCAAUGGAAAAUUUGAACAUAGAAUAAAUUGAUCAAGUUUUUCUUCUUCAGCGAGACCCCUGUCGGGACCACUUGUUUUUUAAAGGGCUUUUUCUCUCUAACUCCUAUAGAGACCACUUUGAAACUCCUAAGUUUCUUGUGAGUGAAAGAAAAGUCGAUUUAUUGACUGAUAACAGGUGAACGAUCUGAUUCCCCUGGUGGUGGAAUGGGCAGAAGCUGAGGGACUCUCGCGACCCCUUCGGGAAUGGCUCUUCGCCCUGCUGCUCGUCGUCGAGAAGCCGCUCCUUCCCGACGUCAUCGCGGCUCUCCGGGACCUCGCCAAGAUGUGCCGUCGGCUCAGAUCCUUGCUUCCGGAAGACCGCAAAGCCGAGUCUCUCGAGUUCUCAAUGUUCAUCACGAUUGUCGCCAAUUAUUUCGGGCAGAAGGAUCUCGCCGAUCAGUGA